GGCUGAAAAACUAGGUUAGUGGUCCGACAGGCAUGACGGUGAAGAGAAACUGGGUCACCGAUUGAAAAUCGUUUAUGUCACAGUUCUGUGGGUUGCUAUUACAUAUUAUCCAGCGGCUUUCAAUGGAUAGACUAAUCUCAUUGGACCUGUUAGGUAGACGGCUUGUACCAGUUGCUUAAGGAUCAGAUCGUAUCGGAGCGGACUGACCACAUCAAACCGGAUGAAACUAGGUCAGGUCGAAUCCAACAAGACUGAGACCAGAUCAGAACGGAGCAGACCAGACUGAUCCACGCGAUCCCAGGCCCUGUCCAGAAGGCCUGUUCCAGUUUCCAAUCCAGUUGAGGGCUCAAGAGUGGAUGGAAGGAGAUGAUUUUAACACAGAGGCUGUGAUGAACAUCUGUGAUGACCUGAUGGCAGACCAAAGGAUGGACAUCUCGUCUACCAUGACUGACUUCAUGUCCCCAGGCCCCAUGAGCACGCCUGGCAUGGACUACACCCGCAAGAGGAAGGGUAGCACCACCGACUACCAAAUUGAAGGCUUCUCAUUUGAUGAUAUGGAUCCAGACAAAGAUAAACUGGGGAGUGACCAACAGGGCCGGAUUAAAAAUGCCAGGGAGGCUCACAGCCAGAUUGAGAAGCGGCGCAGGGAUAAGAUGAACAGCUUCAUCGACGAGCUGGCCUCACUGGUGCCCACCUGCAACGCCAUGUCCCGCAAACUGGACAAGCUGACGGUCCUGCGCAUGGCUGUGCAGCACAUGAAGACGCUCAGAGGUGCUGCAAACCCAUAUACGGAGGCCAACUACAAACCCUCCUUUCUGUCAGACGAUGAACUGAAGCACUUGAUACUACGAGCCGCCGAUGGGUUCCUGUUUGUGGUCGGCUGUGAUCGUGGCAAGAUCCUCUUUGUUUCUGAGUCAGUCUACAAGAUUUUAAACUACAGCCAGAACGACCUGAUAGGCCAGAGUCUGUUCGACUACCUUCACCCUAAGGACAUCGCCAAGGUUAAAGAGCAGCUGUCCUCCUCUGAUACAGCCCCACGAGAGAGGCUCAUUGACGCUAAAACCGGUCUUCCAGUGAAGACGGACAUCACUCCCGGUCCUUCUCGACUCUGUUCCGGAGCCAGACGGUCGUUCUUCUGCAGGAUGAAGUGCAACAGGCCGUCUGUUAAAGUAGAGGACAAAGACUUCCCUUCCACCUGCUCCAAGAAAAAAGCCGACCGUAAGAGCUUCUGCACCAUCCACAGCACAGGCUACCUGAAGAGCUGGCCUCCCACCAAGAUGGGGCUGGACGAGGACAACGAACCCGACAACGAGGGCUGCAACCUGAGCUGCCUGGUGGCCAUCGGCCGCCUGCACCCCCACAUCGUCCCCCAGCCCAGCCCGGCAGACAUCAGGGUCAAACCCACCGAGUACGUCUCCAGGCACGCCAUCGACGGCAAGUUCGUCUUCGUCGACCAGAGAGCCACCGCCAUCCUUGCCUACCUGCCCCAGGAGCUACUGGGAACCUCCUUCUACGAAUAUUUCCAUCAGGACGACAUCGGCCACCUGGCAGAGUGCCACCGACAGGUGCUGCAGAUGAGAGAGAAGAUCAACACCAACUGUUACAAAUUUAAGAUCAAAGACGGCUCCUUCAUCACGCUGAGGAGCCGAUGGUUCAGCUUCAUGAACCCCUGGACCAAGGAGGUGGAGUACAUCGUCUCCACCAACACUGUGGUGUCGUGUCCUAUGAUGGAGGGAUCAGACUACCCUCAAUCUGCUGCGUCUCCACAGAGUAUGGACAGCGUUCUCACUUCAGAGGGUGGAGGGCGGCGGGCGCUGCAGACGGUGCCUGGCAUCCCCGGAGGCACGAGAGCUGGAGCCGGAAAGAUCGGUCGCAUGAUUGCAGAGGAAGUGAUGGAGAUCCAGAGGAUUCGAGGCUCCUCCCCCUCCAGUUGUGGCUCCAGCCCUCUGAACAUCACCAGCACCCCCCCUCCUGACACCUGCUCCCCCGGGGGCAAGAAGAUUCAGAAUGGAGGGACACCCGAGCUGCCGAGCACAGGGAUCAUUCCUGGACCUGACUCUGUGGGCUACCCCUACUCCAACCAGUCCAUCAUGAGUGACAACUCCCACCUGAGCAUAGACAUCAUGGACGAGCCCGGCUCCAGCAGCCCCAGCAACGACGAGGCAGCCAUGGCGGUCAUCAUGUCGCUGCUGGAGGCGGACGCCGGCCUGGGCGGACCCGUGGACUUCAGCGACCUGCCCUGGCCUUUGUGAGGACGCAGACAGACACAGAGACUCAAGUCUGAGCUCCAGAGCCACUGAUGGACAGAGUUUGGUCACAAUCAGAUUCUGGCUGCCAUGUACAUGACUACACUGUUAAACACGGGAAAAAAAAAAAAAAAAAAAGACGGACGGGGUGAAGUGCUGCUCGCUGCUGUUUGGAUUCACAUACGUUUUGAUUCAUCAUUCCAAGUAGGUGGACGAGUGACCUAGAAUUUCUUCGGAAUUUUUAACAUAAAGCCCAAAGUGGAGCAGCUUUAACAUAAAAACUGUUAAAUAGUGUGAUAUUUUUCGCAGUGUUAGUUCUCAAACAUUGCCACGGUGAGAGGCUGAUUAAAAAUGGAAUCGUAGGUUACAAAAACAGCGUAGCGGUGGUAACGCAUCCAACGUCCAAGCUCUGUCCCACAGCGGCUCUGGGCCCAGUCGUCUCCAAGACAACAGCCGACCUUCGACCCCAUACACAGGACACCUGAGACUUUCACGGACUGCGGGUGAAGUUUGUGUAACUGAAGUUUUGGAGGGGGGGCAGCGUUGGGCCUCUCAGAAACCUAACUGUACAGUCGAGUCUCGUUGUAGGAUGUUGUAUAAACUCCGCUGUGGUGGGCUGCCCCCCCCACUGCUGAAAAAGGCCGUUUCAGCCAAAACGUGGAAUGAAAGACAGUAAGCACAGCGGUUUUCCUCCGGAGAUUUUUGGAGAAGAUGUUUUGGAAUUCUCCCAAACCCUAAAAAUCCACAAGCAGGUAAACUUCGGUUCAUUUGAACAGGGACAAAAAUCCUAUAAAGCUGCCAAGUUCUGCAUUUAUUAAUGUUUUUUUCCUCCACCAAGCCACUCUGAGGUCAUCCACACAACAGCAAAGCUCAAAGAAGACCAACAUGUUCUCUGAUGUAAUAAUGAUUGCAUGGUUUUUACUGUAGAGGUCUUCACAAACCUGAUCAGAAACAGACCCAACUGCCAUGUUUUAUUUAAAUUAGACUCAUUUCCAUCACCGGGUUUGGAACAAAUAACCUACACUGCGUAUUGUCGUCAGUAGACAGUGGUAUACGCCGACAUAUGCCAGACAGUAAUAAAUACAGGGAAGGAAAAAAGGCGUUCUCCAAACCAC